AUGGCGCUGGCAGCUCUAUCGGAGGCAAGCGCGCUGAAUGCGCUGGUAACUGGCCGCGAAGGCUCCCGCAAGAAGCCCAAUGAGACCUUGGAGGAUCUCAGUUUGCUCUACCCCAGCUCCUUCGACACGGACGAGAAUCGUUGGGGCGCUGACACUCGCUGCGCCUUGUCGCGCUUGGAAGCGCGGGUGCGCUCGCUGGAGGGCCAGGGCGUGCGCUCAGACCGGCGGGCUGCAGAGCUGGCCGGGCUGGCGCAGGCCCUGACGGACGAGCAGAGGGCCCUGCUGAUCCGUCUGGACCGCGUGGAGGAUCUGAAGCGACGGGACUGCCAGGUUCCUGAGGAGCGAAUGGCUCGGCUGGAGCAGGAGCAGCGAUCCUUGGCGCUGGAGCUGAGGCUUUCUGCCUCGGUGGCGGAGGAGGCCCAGCAGAAGCAGCUCCAGCGGCUCCGCACGUUGGAGGACGUCUGCGACCACCGGCUGCACGCCCUCGAGCAGGGCCCCAGGCUGAGCCGCCGGGGUGCCCAUAGCCAGGUGGCGUACAACGGGGUGAUGGCGAGAUCGGCUUCGUUCAAGUAG